AGAGACAGACGAUCAACUUUAUAAUAGAGUUCAGCUAACAACAUCAAUUAGUUAAUUGUUAAAUGGGAAAAAAAUGUUUAAUUUUAUUAUUUUUAAGCGUAUGUGCAAAAUUAAGUAUUUGUGCAAAAGUUGAAAUGAAAUAUGAACCAAACUGGACAAGUCUGGAUAAACGACCACUGCCCAGUUGGUAUGAUGAAGCCAAAGUGGGCAUAUUUAUACAUUGGGGGGUAUAUUCAGUACCCAGUAUGGGUUCUGAGUGGUUUUGGACAGAUUGGAAAAAUUUGAAAUAUGAAAAUUACGUCGACUUUAUGGCGAAGAAUUAUAAACCCGGCUUUUCUUAUCAAGAAUUUGCUCAUGAUUUCACUGCUGAGUUGUUUAAUGCCACUCAAUGGUCUCUAUUGUUUAAAGACAGUGGGGCAAAAUAUGUAGUCCUGACCAGUAAACACCAUGACGGCUACUGUCUUUGGCCUUCGGAACAAUCAUUCGGUUGGAAUUCUAUGGAUAUUGGACCCAAAAGAGACAUAAUACGUGAAUUAUCAUCUGCUUUGCGUAAAAAUACCGAUUUAAAAUUCGGUUUAUAUUAUUCGUUAUUCGAGUGGUUUAAUCGGAUGUACAUCAAUGAUAAGUUGCACAUAUUUUUACAACAGAAUUAUGUGACGAAUAAAGUUAGACCCGAGCAAAUGUUUUUGGUACAAGAAUAUAUGCCGGAAAUCUUAUGGUCUGAUGGAGACUGGGAAGCACCAGCCAAGUAUUGGAAAUCUGAAGAGUUUAUAGCUUGGCUUUACAACGACAGCCCAGUACGCGAUACAAUCGUAACCAAUGAUCGUUGGGGAUUUGGUACAGCCUGUUUGCAUGGCGAUUUUUACAAUUGUCAAGAUCGUUUCAAUCCUGGUGUACUACAGCCCCACAAAUGGGAAAACGCCUUCACAUUGGAUAAAGACAGCUGGGGACAACGUUUUGAUUUGACCCUCAAGAAUUUCAUGACCAGUGAAGAGGUCAUACAUGAAGUGGUAACAACGGUCAGUUGUAAUGGAAAUGUUUUGAUCAAUGUCGGACCUACCAAAUAUGGUACCAUUUUACCUAUAUUUGAAGAAAGAUUGCGUGAUAUGGGUGAUUGGCUGAAAAUAAAUGGUGAAGCUAUUUAUGGCUCCAAGCCCUGGUUGUAUCAAAAUGAUAGUGUCACUCCCUCUGUCUGGUAUACCACUAAAGUGGCAGAGGGUAAACAAGUAAUUAAUAUCUAUGCCAUCGUUUUGGCAUAUCCCUACGAUACAAAUAGUUUAACUAUACAUCCCUGGGGAAAUAGAUCUAGUGAAUAUUUAAAUGUUCGUUUAGUUGGUCUGGAGUUAUUAGAUUCAAUCAAGGAACGUAAUAUCAACUCAAUAGUGAUGUUGGGCAUGGAGGAUACUCAAAUAAAGUGGGACUUAUAUGAUUCCGCUUUAAGUCUGGUUUUCCCACCUAAACAUCACAUUGAUAAGAGGAGAUUAAAAUAUGCCUGGACUUUUAAAAUUACAGUUAAUAAUGAAAUAUGAUUUUGUCUAAACUAAAUUUAUAUAUGUAUGUAUACUAGGGUGGCCCUUAAUAAACGAAAAUUUAAUUUUUGCCAGUCUCA